ACUCCUAAAUCUGCUCUGAUAUCGUAUUAAUCUCCAGGCCCUAGAGUUUAUCCCCAUUUGACUGUCUCAUGAGGACCUGUAUAAACCCAGUGAGUUCUACACUGAGCUCUUUAUCUUCACACACUUAACCAAACCUGCAGGUGUGCAACUGGCUAAGUUAUCUUGCCUCCAGUUUCAUAUUCUUCCAUCAAGAAAGUAAUGUUGUAUUUACUCCUUCCUAGGGCCAUGGAAAUGCCUACAUAGAAGACUGACAGCAGCUGGGCUGAAUGUGUCACUGCUGAAUUGGUUCCUCAGGUAUCCUGGCUCUGGUGAUUGCUAUGGGAGAUUGGAUGACUGUUACAGAUCCAGGUCUGUCUGCAGAAAGCAAAACUAUCUCUCAAUAUACCUCAGAAACAAAGAUGUCUCCAUCAAGUUUAUACUCACAGCAAGUGCUAUGUUCUUCAAUACCUUUAUCAAAAAAUGUGCACAGUUAUUUUAGUGCCUUCUGCACAGAAGAGAAUAUUGAGCAAAGUAUCUCAUAUCUUGAUCAGGAAUUGACUACUUUCGGUUUUCCUUCAUUAUAUGAAGAAUCCAAAGGUAAAGAGACAAAGAGAGAAUUAAAUAUAGUUGCUGUUUUAAAUUGCAUGAAUGAGCUACUUGUACUUCAGCGGAAGAACCUUCUAGCUCAGGAAAAUGUGGAAACACAGAAUCUGAAACUGGGAAGCGAUAUGGACCAUCUACAGAACUGCUAUGCAAAACUUAAGGAACAACUGGAAACCUCCAGGAGAGAAAUGAUUGGUCUUCAGGAAAGAGACAGACAAUUACAAUGCAAGAAUAGGAAUUUGCAUCAGCUACUGAAAAAUGAGAAAGAUGAGGUGCAGAAAUUACAAAAUAUCAUUGCAAGUCGAGCUACUCAAUAUAAUCAUGAUAUGAAGAGAAAAGAGCGUGAAUAUAACAAACUAAAGGAACGUUUACAUCAACUUGUUAUGAACAAGAAGGAUAAAAAAAUUGCUAUGGAAGUUUUAAAUUACGUGGGGAGAGUUGAUGGGAAAAGAGGCUCCUGGAGGACGGGUAAAACUGAAGCCAGUUUCUUUCUCAGGAAUGAAGAUGAAAUGUAUAAAAUUCUCUUGAAUGAUUAUGAAUAUCGUCAGAAACAAAUCCUAAUGGAAAAUGCUGAACUUAAGAAGGUUCUUCAGCAAAUGAAAAAGGAAAUGAUUUCUCUUCUUUCUCCCCAAAAGCAGAAACCUAGAGAAAGAGCAGAUGAUAGUACAGGAACUGUUAUCUCUGAUGUUGAAGAGGAUGCUGGGGAACUGAGUAGAGAGAGUAUAUGGGACCUUUCCUGUGAGACUGUGAGAGAGCAGCUUACCAACAGCAUCAGGAAACAGUGGAGAAUUUUGAAAAGUCACGUAGAAAAACUUGAUAACCAAGUUUCAAAGGUACACUUAGAAGGUUUUAAUGAUGAAGAUGUAAUCUCACGACAAGACCAUGAACAGGAAACUGAAAAGCUCGAGUUAGAAAUUCAACAGUGUAAGGAGAUGAUUAAAACGCAGCAGCAACUUUUACAGCAGCAGCUCGCUACUGCAUGUGAUGAUGACACCACUUCACUGCUACGAGACUGUUACUUGUUGGAAGAAAAGGAGCGCCUCAAAGAAGAAUGGUCCCUAUUUAAAGAGCAGAAAAAGAAUUUUGAGAAGGAAAGACGAAGCUUUACAGAAGCAGCUAUUCGCCUAGGAUUGGAGAGAAAGGCAUUUGAAGAAGAAAGAGCCAGUUGGUUAAAGCAACAGUUUUUAAAUAUGACUACCUUUGACCACCAGAACUCAGAAAAUGUGAAACUUUUCAGUGCCUUCUCAGGAAGUUCUGAUCGGGACACCCCUACAUUACACUCGAGGUCACGGCAAAAGAAGCCUCACGGUGUGCCUAGCGGGUCUCCAGUUUGCACGUCUAAACUGACUAAGUCUCUUCCUGCUUCUCCUUCUACUUCCGACUUUUGCCAGACACGUUCUUGUGCAUCUGAACAUAGCAGUUCAAUCAAUGUACUGAAUAUCACCCCUGAAGAAACUAAGCCAAAUCAGGUUGGAAGAGAAUGUGCACAUCAGAAAUGGAGCAUGUCGUCAAGGCCUGGGUCACAGGAAGUUUGCUAUAGUGGAUGCUCCUCGACCUACACAAAUUCUCAUGUAGAGAAGGAUGACUUACCUUAGAUAUAUGAACAGGGAGUUUUUUUUUCAUUAACAUGGUCAUCAGAUUUUACAUCUGAGUUGAAACAGGGCAUGUUAUAAAGUCAGUGAUCUCUUAAUAAUUUAAGAUCGUCUGUGUUGUUUGUUUGGACUUCCCUGUUCCUCCCCCAAAGAGCUAAAAUGUUAAAUCUAUUUAAAAGGAUAUAAAAACUUUGGAUAUGUAUUUUUAGUAACAGAAGCAUCUGGUUCUGUGAAUAAAGGAAUGUAUACACGUUUGGGUGGAAACAAAGCACUAGAAUGAGUUUCCUAUUAUAGGUAUUAAAAAUAGCACUUUUAGGAAACUGAUUAUUGUAAAUGUUUAAUUUUGUCUCAUACAUAGUUGGCAUUGGAAGUUUAGCCUUUCCUUGAAUGUAUACUGUAGAUUUUUAACAAAGCAAGUUCUAUAUUUAUUAUGUUUAAUGUGAUUUGAAAUUCCCUCUUUCAUAUGUUUUAAAUAAAGUGAAGUUUAUGUAUGUUUUGUACAUAGAUAUACAUGAUUAUGUUGAGGUUUUAAGAUUUAAAGAUUUUACACAUCCAUAAUUAGAGUAUUUCAUGCCAGUAAAUUUUUAUUAGUGAUAUUCUCUUACAGAUAUAUGAAAGCCAUUGCCACAUUAUGUUUAAGAAUUUUUUGAACCCAUCUGAGCAAUAAAUACUCAAAAGCUAUUCCAUGAAGCCAAGUUCUUUAGAUAAUUAACAUUACUAACAUUCCAUUUUUGAGAUUUCUACAGCAUUGGAUUUUUUUAAUAUGAAGGAUAUUAUAAUUUUUCAAAGGACUGUUGAUUUUAGGGUAAUAGAGGUAAGAUGACAAGAGUACCUUGGGAUAAAACAGUUUAAGAGUAUUGGCUUAGGAUACUUGCGUGUUAGAAGAUACUGAUAUUUAGGAUGUUUGGGUGGUGAUAUUUUCUUUACCAGAUGGGUACCCAUACUGUAAUGCCUGUACCAGCAAAGGCUUUGUAUAGUUGCCAGUAAUUCUUUAAUAAUUUUUCAAUGAGAUAUUUAGUAAUAAGGACAUCUGACAACAUAAAUGAUCAGAUUUUAUAGUCCAGAUACUAUGAUACUCUGGACAGACUUGUUUUAUUUUCAGGACUAAUUGCAUGUUUCUUCAUGGUUGUUAUUAUUGUUAUUAUUUAUAGUAAGAAUAAUGUAAGUGUGGGCUCAAGCCCUUUCCAGGAUUUUCAUCAGAAAGCUUUAAGUACCCUUAUUUAUCUCUGCAUGUAGAAACCUACACAUAUCCAGUCCUUGCUGCAGGUAUUGUAGUUGAGGACCAUCUGCCUUCCCAUUUUCUAGCAGUUCUAACCAUUUAUAUUCACUCACCUGGUUGUGGCUGUCCCAUUAAAAUUUGUCAUGUUAAAUAGUACUUUUGUCACCUACUCACUGUAUAGAAAACUUUUUCAGGGUUAGUAGCAUAUCAUUGAGUAUUUUAUAAGACAUUAGUGAAAGUACCACAGUUACAGUCUCAAAAAGCUGGCUCUUGAGCAAAAGCAAAUUAGUCCCUCACUACAUUCAGCUUGGUGCAUGCCCUUUCUUUACCAUUUAAAAUAUUAGAAAUUAUGCAGAAUUUCAGAAAUAGUACCAUAUUCCAAAGGAAGAAACAGCUGGUUGUAUAAUUCUUUGGCUACUCGCAAAGAGUCGGACACAACUGAGCAACUAACUGAAUUGAACUGAGCAAUAAUGAUAUCAAAGAAAAGCAGUCAAAUUUUCUAAAUAGUGAUAUAUUUGUCAAGAAUUGGGUGUUUUUUUUUUUUUCAGGGGUUUCCAUGAUGUACUUGGCUAGAAACUCGUUCUAAUUUUUAAAGUAGAUCUUAUUUUAGGGAAUGUUGCAUUCCAUGGUGAUGGAUUUCUACAAAGCAGCAUGUUUUUUCUUUCCAUUUUAAAGUUGGUUGAAUUCUCUUAUUGAAAAGAAAAAUUCCCUUGAGACUUACUUUGAAAUCUCAGGUGUGAAAGGAACAAUAAAAUGAAAGCCAGGGUUAUCAUACUUCUGAUACGUGCAUAGAUCUGCCGAAAGUCUGCCGAAAGUCGUGUGUUUUACUUAACAGUGUCAGUUUGCUUUACGUUUCAACAAUGGUUCCUAGUUACGCAAAGCUUCCCAGAAUGUUACAAAGGUUUCCAUGCUGGAUAACUCCUGAGUCCACACAUAAAACUACUAAAUUUUGUUUCCCUUCCUUCUGUAGGUAUUUGCAGUGUAUGGGUAGUUCAGCCAUGUGGCAGUCUUGCAUUUAGCCAUGAUGGUGCAUGAGAGUACCAUGUUCACUUUUGCUUGAAAGUCCUCCUGACCAUCUUAAAUGUCUUCUUGUUUAUUAGGAUGCAAAUCUGAAAUAUUUUGUGCCUUAUUUGUUUUUGCCUAGCAUACCCAUUUUGAAUUUUCAAAGCAUAAAAGUGGCAAAGGAAAUAGAGAAAAAUUUUACUUCCUACUCUUAAAUUUUUGUAUCUUCAGUAUAUGAUGAGAAACUUAAUAGAAGAAUAAUCCUACCAGGAAAUUAAGAUAAAAAUUAAACUUAAUAAAUAGGUAUUUUCUUAUAGAAGCAAUGCAUUAAAUGUUUAGAUUCACAGACUAGUCCGCAGCAAAAUGUUUCCUUCAUAGUAUAAUUAAAAUACUAUCAUUACUUAAAGGUUCCAUUUUUCCUACCUUUGCUGACCAGGCUUGUUCAUAGGCUUGUGGUGUAACAGGUUUUCUGGGAAAACAUAUUUCACGGUGCAUGGUGAGAAGGAAAGCACCCUGGAAUCCAGUCUUGACCCACCCUGAUGGAGUCUGAAAACACCUGGGAUGCAGAGAGAGGUUUUGCACACUGUGAGCUAGGAAGCCCCUGUGUGAGUCCCCAUUCUAAAAGUCUUAAAAUGCCUUGUUGCCUGAUGUAAAUCAUGUUCUUGUUUCUAGAUUGUAUUUAAAAUAUACGUGUGAGUCAUGGAAGUCUAGUAAAUAUAUUUUUUCCCUAUGUUUAUCCUUAAUUUUAAAAAGUCUUUUCACAAACAAAUAAAGUACCUGCUGUCUCAGGCCUUAUUAAUACCUUCUAGUCAGUUACUAGGGAGAGAAAGACAACUAAUGCUCUCUGCCACUGAGAAUCUCUGGGUUGAGUGAAAGACCAGCUAUAAAAUACCUAAAUUGUCGUAAAUGAUGGGAAAUGCUGUUCAGAUGUUUAGUCUGGUGAUAACCCUGGACUGAUUGUUCUAUUCCAGGACUGUAUAUCCAUCUCAUAACAAUGCUGUGGCAAGCUUCUAGUUAGAGUCUUUGCGUUAUUUCCUAUGGGAAGAACUAUGUAAUUAAUAUAUUAUUUUGUUUUUGUUGGGUGUUGGGUUUUGUUUUCUACAAUCAAAAUACCUGCAAAGCAGCAUUAAGAAUUACUGCCCACAAGAACAUGUAUUAUUAUCUAAUAGAGAAAGAAUUUGCAAAGAUUUGGGCCAUGUAGAUAAGGAUAAUGAGAUAGAUUAUCCUGGUCAUUUCUCUAAAUAUGAUGCAUUUUUUUUUUCAGGUUGGAUGUAGAUUAAAGUGGAAUGGAACUAAUUAAAUUAUUUGAUUUAUAUAAAA